AUGCGGCGGUUAUUGUAAUUCAAAUGUCCAAACGGAUAGCCAAGUAGAUCCCGGGAUUAAUAGAUGGAUCAACAGUUAGAACAAAGGGAUUGAUGAUUCUUGUCACGAACAGCAAAAUCCAGUCUCGGAGAGGAUUUCUCGAGCUGAUUACCGAUUCCGUUCCAUCUUCCCCAGCCUCAGCAGUUUCAAGAUAUAAGGAGCUGUAGUGGGAAGGAAGAGUGGGAAUAAUGCCUCCAUUGAAGAUUGAGAUGGGUCAUGAGGACACAGUCCAUGAUGUAGCCAUGGAUUAUUAUGGGAAGAGGUUGGCAACAGCUUUGUCUGAUACCACCAUUAAGAUCAUUGGUGUAAGCAACUCUGGUUCACAGCAACUUGCUACUUUACAUGGGCAUAAAGGACCUGUUUGGGAGGUUGCUUGGGCGCACCCAAAGUUUGGAUCAAUCCUUGCUUCCUGUUCUUAUGAUGGCCAAGUGAUAAUCUGGAAGGAGGGCAAUCAAAAUGAUUGGGCACAGGCUCAUGUGUUCAAUGAUCAUAAGUCAUCUGUUAACUCCAUUGCAUGGGCCCCUCAUGAACUUGGCCUCUGCUUGGCUUGUGGAUCUUCUGAUGGGAAUAUCUCAGUUUUUACUGCAAGGGCUGAUGGUGGUUGGGACACUACUAGGAUAGACCAAGCGCACCCAGUUGGGGUAACAUCAGUUUCUUGGGCACCAUCAACAGCACCUGGUGCUUUAGUUGGAUCUGGUCUCCUGGACCCUGUUCAGAAGCUGGCUUCUGGUGGUUGUGAUAAUACGGUGAAAGUAUGGAAGCUGUACAACGGAACAUGGAAGAUGGACUGCUUCCCUGCCCUUCAGAUGCACACUGAUUGGGUGAGAGAUGUUGCAUGGGCACCUAACUUGGGGCUUCCAAAAUCCACAGUUGCAAGUGCUUCUCAGGAUGGAACAGUUGUUAUAUGGACCUGUGCCAGAGAAGGGGAGCAAUGGAAGGGGAAGGCUUUGAAGGAUUUCAAGACCCCGGUUUGGAGGGUCUCAUGGUCACUUACUGGAAAUCUGUUGUCAGUGGCUGAUGGAAAUAACAAUGUAACAUUGUGGAAGGAAGGAGUAGAUGGUGAGUGGCAAGAAGUGAAUGCUGUAGAGCCAUGAAGUUGAAAUUUUUUGUUUUAUUCCAUUAAGCAAUUGCAACUUUAUUGAACUCUCUAAGCUUGGGUGGAUGGCAUGUAGUAAUGACUGUGGUUGAUGUGAAAUGGUUAAUGAUUUACAUGCCAAUGCACUUUUGAGCGAACUUUAUCUUGGUUUUUUCUAAUGUCAUCAAAUGUUGAGGUGAUCCGAAGCUGUAUUCAUUCU